GCGCGCUCUCUCCGUCCUUCGGCGGCUCGUUCCUCUUCUUCUUGCAAGGUUAAGGUUACGUCAGACGUGUUAUGUUAUAACCGUUGGGGCGCACUCCGCCAAGUUCAGUGUCUCGUCGAGAGUGGCCGCGACACAAGGUUCGCGACCAACGCUGCGCGCGCGACACUAGGCGAGGACUGUGCCAGCCUGUGAUAUACGAACAGUGAAAAGUUCAUGAACUUGGGUGUUGAAUUUGUUUGAACUGUAUCGUUUGACGCACUCGUCUGAAACUUUAUCCUGUGACCAUUCAGAGGUGACCGCAGCAGUCAGGCAGCGCGUCAACAAGAACGACGGCGGUUGCGGGUAGCGGUUCUGGAACCCACAGAUAAAAAAUGUCGCAACGGCUACUAGCUGACACAACAAUGCGAAUCAUAAUCGGCUUGAUACUAGUGGCGUACGCCGCCGAAGGCGCCAAAAAGUUUGAAGGUACGCUGAGAUCAGCGGCCGAAGCGCCUCCUCAAGAUAAUCUAGCAGUAGAAUCUGGUUCACCAGAACCGGCCGUUGUAUCGGCCCCUCAAGAAUACAAAAAUCCAGGCGCGCCACCACCUCCGAAAACCGCACCUGAAAAUGACGAGGACCCACCAGCAGUACCAGAAACAGCUUCCGGAGGCGUUCCACCUUCAGCACCCAGUGGAAUAUCAGCCCCGUCUGCACCAGCAAAUUCCCUGGAAGAAUGUGAUCCCGAGAUGAUCGGAUUCGAACUAGUAACUGGGUACGUGUUCUCGGCGCCGUCUCACAUUCUCGACGACAUCCCCGGCACUCUGAUGUUGACCGACUGCCUGGAGCAAUGCCAGGCCAACGACACCUGUCGCGCCGUCAACUACGAGACAGGUCUCUGUGUGCUCUUCAGCUCCGACGCCGACCAGUUGCCGGGUGCUCUAACCAAGUCUCAGUUUCCUGUCUUCACGAUAUACGCGCAGAAGUCAUGCCUUGGCGUGCGCCCUUGCGAGCGAGCGUGGUGCUUCGAUCGAGUCAGGGGUUACAAUCUUAAAGGACGCGGCAAAAGGACCCACACCGUCAGUUCUCGGCAGAUGUGCCUCGACCUUUGCCUUGGAGAAAACGAAUUCGUUUGCAGAUCAGCCAACUACAAUAACAAGACCGGGGAGUGUGUACUGUCUAACAUGGACCGUAUCACUUUAGCUGGAACAAGCGCAUUCCAACCAAAUGAAGAUACUGAUUAUUUAGAGAACAACUGCGUCGAAGAGCCUACAAAACUCUGUGAAUUUAAAAAAAUGGGUGGCCGUAUUCUUAAGACAGUGGAUUCUGUUUAUCAAGAUGUUCAGACUGUCGAAGAAUGUCGUGAACUUUGCUUGAAUUCACCUUUCCGUUGUCAUUCAUACGAUCAUGGUGAUACUGGCGACCAUGUUUGCCGGCUUUCGCAUCAUUCAAGAGCUACGCUUGCUGACAUACAGGACCCUUAUCUGGAAGUACCCGAAGCGGCAACAUAUGAAUUAUCAUCAUGCUACAAUGUUUCUAUCGACUGUCGUGCUGGUGAUAUGGUCGCCCGCAUUCAAACCUCGAAGCUGUUUGAUGGAAAGAUUUACGCAAAAGGCAGUCCUAACUCAUGCGCUGUUGAUGUCGAACAAAGUCUGGAAUUUGAAUUGCAUAUGGAAUACACGAAUAUUGAAUGUAAUGUGAAGCAAAAUGGCCUUGGAAGAUACCUGAAUGAUGUAGUCAUCCAACACCACGACACCAUUGUAACAUCAUCAGAUCUUGGCUUAGCCGUAGCCUGUCAGUAUGAUCUUACUAAUAAAACAGUAGCUAACGAAGUCGAUCUCGGAAUUCACGGUGACAUCAAGACUGGUCUCUCGGAGGAAGUGAUCGUCGACUCGCCCAACGUAGCUAUGAGAAUCACUGACAGAAGUGGUGACGACACUAUCGCAUCUGCUGAAGUUGGAGAUCCCUUGGCCCUUCGCUUUGAAAUUAUGGACCCAAAUUCACCUUUCGAGAUAUUUGUGCGCGAACUUGUCGCUAUGGAUGGAGUAGAUUCGAGUGAAAUUACUCUUAUCGAUAGCCGUGGUUGUCCUACAGACCAUUUCAUCAUGGGACCAGUUUUCAAAUCAUCGCUGAGCGGAAAGAUGUUGUUGUCUCACUUCGAUGCUUUCAAGUUCCCGUCAUCCGAGGUGGUUCAGUUCCGUGCUUUGGUUACCCCGUGCAUGCCUACUUGUGAACCAGUUCAGUGUGAUGGUGGCCCCAACGAACUCCGCACUGUAUCUUCCUAUGGACGCAGGAAGAGGCGUUCGACUCCGGCGGCACCCACCGAAAACAUGCUUUUGGUGCAGACUAUUCAAAUCACCGAUAAAUUUGGAUUUGAUAAACAACGUGCCAAGAAUACCACUGAAGACUCGGUGUAUAUCAGAGAAACUGAAGUGACUUGCGUGAAUGCUGCGGGUGCUAUGCUUGCAGCGGCUGCUUUCUUGGCGGCUCAAUUAGUAGUGCUUGCAGCGUGGACCUGCAGCUGGCAACGAAGACGUGCGGCUGCGAAAGCGGCCGAAUUACUUCCAGGACCCAACGCCCCUUCUUCCCUAUGCAAAGUUUACGAUGCCAGUUUCUCUCGUACGCACCAGAGGCAUUUCUGAGUAAAUGGAAACAUGUCGACGUGAUCAGCGUCCGCAAUAAUAGUUUAUUUAAUUAGCUUAAAAACCCCCGUCGUGUCCCGGCUCGUGAGGCCGACAUUUUCGCCAGAGAGAGACGUCCACCUUUUACGAAGUGUAGGGGAACGAUAGCGGUUAUUAAUGAUAUUGUCCGAAGUCUUCCGCGCUAUACGCUACGUACGGGCGGGCACGGAAGAGCACGGCAAGGAGACGGGGACGACCAGAAGAGCGUGUGUGUUUGAAGAUGGAUGCAAGAAGCGGUUCGGUGCAUAGAGAAUCGCGUGAUGGCUGUGUGAAGUGUGCGAUAACGCUCGCUUGUCCCCAUCUCUGGUGUCGUCGGCGGGACCAUGGCCGUGUGUCGUUAUCAAGAUCAUGUCGCUCAUUCGUUCACUUUACGCUCGGAAUUCCACACGGAAAUCCGAAUCCGUAUUGUACCAUAUUUUUUAAACUAGAGUAAGCCUGAUUUUAAUGAUAGUGAUAAGUAAAAGUAAUAUUUCAGUACCUUUUAACUAGAUAACCGAACGUGCGACCUAAGUCAAGAGACGAUGGAUUGACGGCCGUCCCGACAUCGUAAUUUAUUUAAAUUAGGCUAGUUUCUUUUGACGUAAUUUAUGUUCGAUGAUCGAAUUAUACCUAUUUAAUGAAUUCUUAAUAUAAAUAAAUAGCUAAACAAUUCAUGUAGCUUACGACUUAAAUGUGUACUGUCAUCUACAAUGUAAACUAAAAGUAUUUUAUUAUGAUGCUAGUGCCUUAAAAUUAUAAUGUUUAUAUAGCAGAACGUUGUUAUAAAUAUAUAUAUUUCAACAAACCGUCCAUUUGUCAUGAUCUAAAAUAAAUUUUCUAAAAAUA